AUGCACUGGAAAGGGUUGCGACUCAGCGCUCUCGAUAGCAAUGACUCCAAGAGACGCAGUGUUGUCGAGCCUCAAGCACUCUCUCGCCAUAGCGAACAAUUGCCUCGAUCGACUCCAUCGGCAACCAACCUUGCAUCCAGGCACUCGGAGUCCGCCCCUCGUUCACCUCUCUUAGCGGGACCAGACCACGAUGACGAAAAUGACCACGACGAUCACGAGACCGGAGACAACGAUAAUAAACACUUGUCGGAAGGGCCAGCGGACGCUAUUCGCUCAAGAAAGGGCAAUGUGGGCGCAGCCUUGCUGCAGGACGAUGCUUCUACCUGGCGCCGGAACCGGUUCAGUUUCAUGAAACUCCGUCAUGCGUCGGAUCCCCAAUUAUCAAGGUCUUAUGCCAAGGGGGAGGAGGGGACACCUCCCGUGCCUCCUUUACCGCCUCCCACGAUCAUCACCACCGCACCCACUAGCAAUGAACUGGACCAACCCGUUAAGAAGAGACCCAAGUUCAAAAUCCUCUCCGGAUCGAAAAAGAGCUCGUCCGACGGAUCACAAAUGUAUGCUCAGCGACAGAGUCCAGGUACCAGGUCUCAUCAUGGGGCCCAGGGCUCCAACGGGUCGCAGACAACCGAUGCGACAUUGUCAACGUCCAAGAUGAGCGGGGAAGAACCAGGUCGUCUCUCGACUACGUCAAUACGCAGUGGUGGCCGUGAGCCGGGCAACGAGUCCCAACGUUCUUCCGUCACCGACGCUCGCUUUUCCGAGUCAUCCCGUUCGGAUCAGAGUUCCGGAGACCAUGGACUAUACCGCCCCCAUUCCCCGAACGACGGAACUUUAAGCGGAAGUAAACGUUUUCGCAUGCCACGUUUGAAGAGGAAUCGGGGUCCUCUAUUUCCCUUGCCUCCUCGACCGGCUGGCAGUCAACCCAUGAAUGGCCAUGGACAGGACUCGCAGAUAUCCAGGGCCAUGAGUUCUGAUCCCUCAUCCAGCUUCGAGCCGCCGGAUGAGAAGGAUCAGGACCGCGUUUCUCCGCUCCCAUCGCCCAGUCGUUCGACUGUCGGUCUUGCCUCCCCGGCUUUUCCUCUGCGCAGAAAGGACUCGGCUAACUCCGCCAAUUCCGCCCUGUCAGCUACUUCCACUCGAAGUGGACAUCGAAUCAAACCACGACCAAGGUCAUCGACGCUAGACUCGUUGGCUAAUCUCCGCGAUGCUGGCCAACAGUCACCCGCUCAAUUCGCCUCGUCCGGCCGUACUUCGACUUCCACCAGUGGACGCAAAAGUUUCGGGGACAUCUUCAGCAUCUCGCACCGAUUGAGGCAAAGUUCGGAAUCUCCAGUUAUGCGAAAUGGCUCUCCCGGUGUGAGAGGCUCGGAUACUCCUGUUCGCAAACUGUCCUACCCCGAACGCGAGGAGAAUGACACACCAGCCACGUAUCUGACGCGACUCGAAGAGAGCAUACCCAAGAGCACGAUCGCCGGCGUACUCUGUCAGUCGAAUGAAGAUUUCUACAAGACCGCAUUGCGAAAGUAUAUGCGGAGAUUCAUUUUCUUUGGGGACCCGAUCGAUAUGGCUAUUCGAAAGCUUUUGAUGGGCGCCGAGUUGCCCAAGGAGACCCAACAGAUUGAUCGCUUCCUGCAAAGUUUUGCCGACCGAUAUCAUGAAUGUAAUCCUGGCAUCUUUGCUUCUCCCGACCAAGCAUAUUUCAUUGCAUUUUCCAUUUUGAUUCUACACACCGAUGUCUUUAACAAGAACAAUAAGCGCAAGAUGCAAAAGCCGGAUUAUGUUCGGAAUACUCGUGGCGAAGGCGUAUCUGAUGACGUUUUGGAAUGCAUUUACGAGAACAUCGCCUACACGCCCUUUAUCCACAUCGAAGAUACACCCUCUCACAGUCGUCAGCUUGCAAAGCCUCGACGGCCCUUGUUCAAGACCCAGAGUUCAGAGCAUUUGUCGCGCGUAUCAAGGGAACCGGUGGACCCAUACACGUUGAUCAUGGACGGCAAGCUCGACUCAUUACGGCCGAGUCUCAAGGACGUCAUGAACUUGGAAGACACGUAUCGAUGUCAUGGGACGACAGGGCCACCGGACAUCAACAGUCUCCAUCAGGCCUUUUCGAAAACAGCUAUUCUGCAGAUCGUAUCAGCCCGGUCGCGGCCGGAUGCGUUCAUGCCGGCUAGCAUCCAGAACCCGGCCGAAUCGAACCCUGGGUUGGUAGACAUCAAAGUGGCCAAAGUUGGUCUGCUCUGGCGAAAAGACCCAAGGAAGAAGAGAGCCAGAUCGCCGUGGCAAGAAUGGGGCGCUCUGCUUACCUUCUCGCAGUUGUACUUCUUUCGAGACGUCAAUUGGAUCAAAUCAUUAAUGUCCCAAUAUGAGUCUCAUCAGAAGGAGGGGCGCCGCCGGGCGGUUGUAUUCAAACCACCUCUCAUCGAGUUCAAACCCGACGGCAUCAUGUCCAUGGAUGAUGCGGUUGCGUUGGUGGAUUCGGGCUACAAAAAGCAUAAACACGCCUUCCUUUUCGUCCGCCAUCACGCGUUGGAGGAGGUGUUUUUGGCCAAUUCCGAAGACGACAUGAACGACUGGCUGGCAAAAAUCAAUUACGCUGCUGCCUUCCGAAGCACGGGGGUCCGCACCAAAAGCAUGAUAGCUACCAAUUACGACGCUCAGCGCCACAGAAUGAGCCGCAAAGCCUCCGUGACGUCGUACAAUUCACAUCGCUCCGCAGACAGGGAACCUCCCUCUCCCAACCCCGAUACCGACGUGGCCGAGGAAUUGGUCACGGCUCGGAAGGAGCUCAUGCGACAGAAGAUCCGCGAGACGAACGAGAAGCUUUUCGUGAGCCAAAGGCAGCUUGACGACCUCCUGAGGAAUGCGAGACACCUACAGGUAUUAACGCCGGUCACCUCGAGGGCCAGGGAGCAGGUCAUCAUGGCCGCAGGGCGUAUGGCGGCCAAGCUCAAGUGGGUGAGGCAGGAUAUCUGGCGUAACAAAUGCUAUCGGGAGGUUCUCCUCCAGGAUCUGGGUACCGAGGAUGAAGAGGCCAAGUUGCUUGCGGACCAGAAGUCACUUCAUCUACAGAUACCCACCAGAAACACCUCCACUUCGGAGCCAGGGGCCCUGCCCCAGCCGCCUGCCAACGCAGUGCAGUCCCCGAGUCUGGCUACGUCGCCGCAGUUGCCGUCCGACGAGUAUGCGUCUGUUCAUAGGGUCCCGUCGUCCCAAAUUGCUGCUAGUGACAUUCGCAGGCCAAGCAUUCCGGUGUCGGUGACGUCCUCAGACCUUACUGGCCGUGCCGGUAGACGUUUGUCUGCGGACAUGGGCAAAGACCGCGCCAAGUCGUAUUCGCCAGGCCCGGCAGACCGGCUCGAACGCGAACCAUCGGUGCUGAGCGCGGGCAGCAAGAUAGAUGUUGCCAGUCUAGGAUCUCAUGCCUCCAAAUUGACCUCUCCGAUCAGCAUGGACGACGGCGAGGAGCGUAUCCUCCGUGAGGCUGGUUUGUUAGAGGUGAACAGCUCCCCUCGCGGGACUAGACAGUCCGUCACAGCCCAUGGGACGGACGGUGAACACAGGCGAAAUAGCGCGGAGUCUCGCCCAGGAGAGCAGAUAAGCCGGAUUCGUCGCAGCCUUCACCGCACACUUCGUGAUUCCCACCACGGACAACAAGGACAUAGUGCUCGGGGUAAAAAGCAGCGGGACUCGGUGUCUAGCGAAGUGGUGCCCGAGGACGAGCAAAUUACGAAGGAAGGCGAGGGUCUCUCUCGCAAGGCGCCGCAGUUCACUGUCCAUGGGAAGAAGGCAUCUAUUGUCACUUUUGGAUCUGAGUGGCAGAAUAUGACUCCCGAAGAGCGCCUCAGGCUGCGCAAACCUACUCCGUCCGAGGAGCCCCGCGCCUCUGACGCUGCGAUUUCAAGCGGCGGCGAUCCGAGUGUCUCGGAACCGAUAAAUCCAGGAAUCUCCCAAUCAUUGCGAAGCGGAAGCACUGCAACAAGAAUCAGCGUUCUCGAUCGGGUCGAGAGCGACAGUUCCAGAGAUGGGAAUACCACCCCGAACCUGGAGGACAGGAAGGCCAAGAGCGACCCCACCAUUGAUCUAAGCUCUCGUCUUCCGGCCUCAGAUGACGCUGAUUCGUCCACCGCGGCUUUCCCGGGAUCAUUGGUAUUGCCAAAAGAUCAGCGAUCGUCGCCUUCGACAUCCGCUGACGAGGCAGCCGUCGACGAAACCACAAUCCAAAAGCUGCAGUCGAGCCCAGCCGAGCAAGCUGUACAUGCCUAA